CUGUUUGUCAAAAAUAGUCAAGUCUGAUGUAGCCUUAGCAGAGUAGCAUACGUGGACUAUUUACAUUGACGAUUAUACGUGUUGGUAGGCAUACGUGUACUCAGUAUCAUUUAGGGUCAAUUUGAACUCUAAUUCUUCGUUCUUCUUUGUUGGAACCCAAUUUUUGCAGGGUAACCCGAGCACAGGCAUCCAAGGUAACUAUAAGCGAAGAACCCUAAUUCCUGAAUUAAUUUAUGCUCAUAGAAUUUGAGCAAUGUCAAGGAGAGAGGUAACUACAAGCGAAGAAAGCAGAUUUUCAGGAGCUUCACAUUCGAAGAUGAAGAAGAAGAAAAUUAUGGAUGGAAGAUGUCACUAUGGUGAGUAUGUUGUCUUGUUGAAAUCUUUGACGGUUACUAAUCUUAAAAGAUGGUUCAUUCGUUGCCCCUUUUCGAAGAGUCGAGAUUGCCAUUAUUUUGUUUGGGUUGAUGAAAUUGAUGGGGGAUGGCAAAGUUUGGCAAGGUGUUUGAUUAGAAGACUCAAUGAGCAUGAAUGUGGUGUUGCUAAUCAAGAUGUGACAAUUGCUCCAACAGACCAUAGGGAGAGAAAUGUUAACAUGGCCACGAAGGCUGAGAAGAAGAUUGAAGGUGAAAUAAAAGCUAUGAAAGUAUGGCUUGUGUCCGUGUCUUUAGGAUUAUUUCUGCAGUUUACGCUUUUUUGUUUGUAAUGGUCAUGUACAAGUGAUUGGUAAGUUUGAGUCCUAAAU